AUGGCGCUCACGGGAUCUCGCAAGAGAAUAAAGCCCAGCCCGUCAGGCGCGGACUCCCAAUCCACCCCAACAUUGAAUGAUGGGGUGGCACUAUCUCCCGCGGGAAAUGAAUGCUCCAGUCCACCAAAGCAAGGAGUCAACUGGUAUCCAAGUGUCUGGCCCACCGUUUCUAGAUCACCAAAAGCCGUUCCAGUUACCGAGGUUGCCCGUGAGAGCAUUUCAGUUGCGAAGAACGUAGCGUCGAACAUCGCUUCCUCAUCAGCCCUUCAGCUUAAUUCUACCAAAAUACCUCGCAACCCUUCACUUCAACUUACGAGAAAAGCGGGCGCGUUGAGCCGAUCCCUUCCUGCCAACGCUACAACAACGAGAAUCAACAUUGCCUCCGAUGGUUCUACUUCUACACCUGCAGUGGACUCUCAACCAGAUCCCACCGGCUCUGGCUCUGAGCCGGCAAGCAAAGAGACAUUGACUGAUAGGGAGACAAAUUCUGGGACCGUCGCUGAUAAGGUGCAACCAAACACUGCAACCGAAGCCGCCAAUAUCAAUCCCAAUAUUGAAGUUGCGAGACCAAACGGACCAUUAACAGCAUCUAGGCAACAAACAGGUUGGUUCACAUGGUUUUACAGCCCAUCCACAACAGAAGCAAAUACCUCAGGCGAUCCAGUCGUAGAAACCCCGAUCGGUCCUUCCACCGAGCAUCAAACUUCUAAGGAGAAUAACGCUCCGUUUACCGAGCAAGACUCAACAACGCAGGAUAACUCCUCCGAAAUCUCGGAAAUCCCAGGAACUUCGCAAAAACGAUCUUGGUUCCAAAUGUGGUACGGCGCGUCUUCUUCCAAGUUUGAGGAAAUUGCCACAAAUGGAAAUCCUCCAGUUGAGGAAACCAUUCCUUCGCUGUCGCAUUCAACACCAAGGCCAAAUCAGGACAUAAAUAAUACUGGUAUGGUAGAUGAUUCAGCCGAUGCCCCUAUCGGUGCCCCUGCCGAUGCCGGCCCUACAAAUGUCAAGCCCUCCAGUUGGUCGUUCUGGUUUCGGGACAAUUCACAAGACCCUGGACAAGGAAAACCUCAAGAACUUGAAUCAGCCGAAGCUUCUAUUAAACAAGAGCAAUCUUUUAAGAAGCCCGAUAUUAUCGAAUCGGAGUCACAGCAAAAACUAGAGAUCUCAAAGAAAGGAACCAUCAAAAUCAAAUCCCCCAAGAGUGGUUCCACAGCGCCUAACAAGAUCACGCCUGGACCAGAUGUCGUACUUAAUACUCCGAUGCCAAAUGUUCCCGAAGCUGCUGCUUCUAGACAGUUACAGAAGAUAUUACCAAACCAAGUCCUCCCACAUUUCAAAGACACAUUUGCCUUACAAGAAAGGCCUAGUCUACUGCAGACCAUCGGACGGUUCCUAAACUAUAACAAGGAAUCUAACAAUAAACACGUUUAUAUGGCUAGGAAUCCACCAUACAUCAAGAAUGCGUUAGCGAUAGGGAUACACGGAUACUUCCCUGCCCCCUUGAUUCGAACCGUUCUUGGUCAGCCGACAGGGACAUCCAUCAGAUUCUCGAAUAUGGCUGCGGAUGCUAUACAGAAAUGGGUCGACGAUCAUGGAUAUACAUGCAAAGUUGAGAAGAUAGCCUUAGAAGGUGAAGGUCGCAUCGCGGAACGUGUGGAUCUCCUGUGGAAAUUACUACUUAACUGGAUGGAAGAAAUAAGGAAAGCCGAUUUCAUCUUGGUUGCGUGCCAUAGCCAGGGGGUUCCUGUUGCGAUCAUGUUAGUCGCAAAGUUAAUAUCUUUCGGAUGUCUCAAUGCUUCUCGAGUCGGUGUUUGUGCUAUGGCUGGCGUUAACAUGGGGCCCUUCUCUGACUUCCGAUCUCGGUGGAUUAGUGGCUCUGCCGGGGAGCUGUUUGAUUUUGCAUUGCCCUACAGCCAGGUUUCAAAGGAUUAUGAAGUAGCACUAAAGACUUCACUAGAAUUUGGCGUCCGCAUAUCUUACGUUGGAAGUAUAGAUGAUCAACUUGUUUCUCUCGAGUCGUCGCUGUUUUCACCAGUGACCCAUCCAUAUAUUUAUCGCGCUGUUUUUGUUGACGGCAGAGUCCACGCACCAAGUUUUGUUUCUCACUUAGUUGGGUUCGCCCUCAAACUUCGAAAUCUCGGGAUCCCGGACCAUGGCCUGAUUCGAGAAUUGAGCUCUCCACUAGCAGGAAGCCUUUAUACUGGAGAAGGUCAUUCUCAACUAUAUAACGAUGAGGCGGUCUAUCGGUUGGCUAUUGAAUUUGCCUUGGAAACGUCAAGUGUUCAAGGUGCAACCAUUGAAAUCAAACGUAGCCACCCUUCUUCCCAAGUGAACCCUUACAUCUUGCCAUUCGCCAUGCGUGGCCUUCUAGAAGAGGAGUUUGUUCGUCGUGAACUGUAUGAUGAAACCAUUCAGCUCUUGCGACAAUUUGACGAGUGGAAGCCCACCAGCAAAGUCCUCAAGGACGUCAAGUUCCGCUUAGAAGGAAUACGAUCGAAGCUUUAA